GUGGGAGACGGGCUGGUACCGUGUCCCGGCCAGUCCCGUCUCCUGAAGCGGUGCCGUGCCCCGGCUGGCUCAGCGGAGCAGCGGCGGUAUCUAAGCCGGGGGUGGGCACCGGAGCCAGCCGGAGGCAGGGCGGGGAGCCGGCACGGGAUGGUGCCGGACGGCAGCUGGCCGGGGCCGGGACCGGGCCAGCGGCUAGACGGGGGAUGCCGGGGUCGGCCAGCGGCUGGUCAGGGUGUCCCAGGAGCGGACAGAGAGUGGUCAGGGGUGUCCGGACGGGGCAGUGUGCUGUCGGUCUCCUGUCGUGUCCCGGAGCCAUGGCCAGCUACCCGCCCAACUGUGCUCAGUAUGGGAAGUACAUGUGUCCAAGGGACUACCAUCCAGUUUGUGGCACUGAUGGAGAGACCUACGGAAACGAGUGUGUGCUCUGCCUUGCUAACAGGGAAGAUCAUACACAUAUAGAAAUUGUCCGAAGGGGACAUUGCUGAUAUGACAGAUGGAUGCUUUUCAAGAAAAUUGGAGGGUCACAGACAAUCCAAAUGGAAACAAUGCCUUAAGUGCACAUUCUGUGUAGCCUGUCUUAAUAAACAAACUUGCAUAUCUAAAGUUUGUUUACGGUAUUGAAACCAGUGGUUGUAAACAUACCCAUAGUACAGUUAUAACCUGAACCCUGAUGCAUUUUCUUACUAAAGAUGGAUCAUAAGAAGGGGAU